AUAACUACUCGUAGGAGUAUUUCAUAAUUUUUUAAGCGGGCAACAGCCAAGCUAGCUCUCCGACCAACUCUGCGAAACCAGCUCCAGCGGCUGCUGCUUCAGGCCUUCAGCUAGCGAUGGAAGGCGGCGGGGGGAAAACAUGGCGAUUCGCGUCCCCGAACACGACCUUGGCGGCCGCCGGCGAGAUGAGCCUCCUAAAGUGCCUCCUCCAGCUGCAUGCCUGCUUGGACGAGCAUGGCCCGCGGCCCGUGAUCCCGCUGAGCCACGGCGACCCCUCCUCCGCCCCGUCCUUCCGCACCGCGCCCGAGGCGGAGGAAGCCGUCGUCGCGGCCCUGCGCUCCGGCGAGUUCAACGGAUACCCCUCCCCGGCCACUAAUCUCCUCGCUCGACGAGCUGUCGCUGAGUACGUAUCCCGUGAUCUCCCUUACAAGCUUGCCCAUGAUGAUAUUUUGCUCACUUGUGGAGGUACCCAAGCAAUCGAGACUGUGAUGUCUGUUUUUGGCCAACCAGAUGUCAAUAUAUUGCUUCCGAGACCUGGCUACCCAAAGCAUGAAGCACAUGCAAUGUUUCAUAGGAUGGAGAUAAGGCAUUAUGAUCUUGUCCCUGAGAGAGGAUGGGAGGUUGAUUUGGAAGCUGUUGAAGCUCUUGCCGAUGAGAACACUGUUGCAAUUGUGGUUACUAACCCGAACAACCCUUGUGGUAGUGUGUAUUCCUACGAACAUUUGGCCAAGAUUGCAGAUAUAGCAAGCAAACUCGGUAUUUUAGUCAUUGCUGAUGAAGUAUAUGGUCACCUUGUCUAUGGUAGCACAUCUUUUGUGCCAAUGGGUGUUUUUGGAGAGACUGUUCCUAUACUCACUCUGGGGGCUAUAUCAAAGAGAUGGGCUGUACCUGGCUGGAGGCUUGGAUGGAUAGCAACUUGUGACCCUAAAGGCAUUCUGAGGAAAACUAAGGUUCAAGAUUCACUCAGAAGCUUCGUACAUCUAGUAUCAGAUCCUCCAACAUUUCUUCUGGGAGCUAUUCCUCAUAUUAUGAAGAAUACAAAUGACGAAUUCUUCAGCAAUAUUGUCAACCUGUUGAAGGAGACUGCAGAGAUAUGUUAUGGUGAAAUUAAGGAAAUCAAGUGCAUUACCUGUCCCCACAAACCAGAGGGGUCAUUUUUUAUGAUGGUAAAACUGGAUGUGUCACAAUUGUCAGGCAUAUCUGACGACGAAGACUUCUGCAGCAAGUUGGCAAAGGAGGAAUCAGUCAUACUAUUGCCUGGGAAAGCCUUGGGCAUGGAAAACUGGAUCCGCAUCACCUUUGCUACGGAGCCAACAACACUGAAGCAAGGACUCGAAAGGGUCAAGGCCUUUUGCCGGAGGAACGAGUCACAGGCCAACUAGCGUUCAGGAGUAUCCUGCAUUUCAUUCCUCAAUGCCUGUUGGGGUUUCUGUAAUGGCUUACACGUCAUUUCCAAUAAAUAGUGUAGGGAUAAAUAAUGCAGCAUGUAGAGAUCAUGUCAUGAUUUCUCUUGCUCCCUUCUUUUUUAUCGCUUACUAUAGACAAAUCCCCGUGAAUACCAAGUUAUAUGACUGCCUUUAUCAAGAGAAAUUUGGCCAAGGAAAUACCUCUUAAAUUUGAA